AUGAAGGGCAUUUACGCUGAUGAUUAUUAUGGCGGAAGUUAUGCCGGGGGAAUAGGUGUACAAGGAUACGGUUCUAGCUACGGAAAAGGCGGAUAUGGCUCAAGUUAUGGUGGAUAUGAUGGCAAUAUGGGCGGAUAUGGCAGCAGUUUGGGUGGAUAUGGCGGCAGUUUGGGUGGAUAUGGCGGUAGUAUGGGUGGAUAUGGCGGAUAUUCCGGAUAUGGAAAGGGACAUGACGGAUAUUCUAGUUACGAAAAGAAAACAGUCCAUGGAUACGGCAAAAAAGGAGGUUACAUCGAUGAAACAAUCCACCUUCAACCACAACAAGUACCAAUGUCAGUUGCAGGUCCAUAUGCAGGAGGUAGUUAA